AUGGAAGAACUAAUCAAAGAUAAGACAAAGUAUUUUUCAUAAGUUGAAGUAGCAUUUUUUAAAAUGUAAAUCUAUAAUAUAGAAUAGGUGGUGGAAUGAAUAGAAUAACACAAUGAAAGAUAAUGUGAAACAACUCAUAUUAAAUGAGUAACUAGAAUUUUUGAGUGGAGGAUGGUGCAUGAAUGAUGAAGCAACAACUUAUUAUGAAGAUAUUAUUGACUAAAUGACAUUAGGACAUAAAUUUCUUUUAGAAAAUUUUAACUAUAUACCCACUAUUGGAUGGUAAAUUGAUACAUUUGGGCAUUCUAAUACUCAGGCACUCUUUUCUAAUAUGAUGGGUUUUAAUGCUUGGUUUUUCGGAAGAAUUGAUCAGGAAGAUCGAUUAAAAAGAGAAAAAAACAAAGAAUUAGAGUUUGUAAUUCAUCCUGAUUAAGAAAACUCUAUUUUUACACAUGUUAAUUAUUAUGGAUAUUAUUCAUCCCCUAGAGGAUUCGAUUUUGAUAUUUCCAAUCCUAAGAGAAAUUAUGUUUCUAUUUAAAAUGUGGAAUAAAAAUCUGAAGGACUUGAUUAAUAUUUUAAAGAAUAAUAUUAAUCUUACAGAGGUAAAAUAUAGGCUCAUACUCUGGGAAUGGACUUUGAAUGGUCGAAUGCUUCUAGAUAUUUUGAAUAAAUGGAUCUGGUUAUUAAUUGGAUCAAUAAUAAUACAGAAAAAUAUAAUAUGAUAAUCGAAUAUGGAACUCCAAAACAAUAUAUCUAAGCUUUGAAUUAAUAAAAUAUUUCAUAUCCUUUUCAAGAGGAAGAUUUUUUUCCUUAUUCUGAUCAACCUUAUGAAUAUUGGUCUGGAUUCUUCACUAGCAGACCUGCUUUUAAGGGGUAUGUCAAAAGAAUAGGUCGUUAUUUUUAGUAAGUGAAACGAUUUUAUUCAUUAUUAAAAAUGAAUAAUAUACAAAGUAUUUUUGAUGAAACAGCUAUUUAAGAUUUAUCUGAAGCUUUGGGUACAGCCUAACAUCAUGAUGCAAUCACAGGCACUGCAAAAUAAUAUGUGAAUGAUGAUUACAUUAAAUUAAUUCAUUAAGCGCAUUUAAAAAUGGAAAAUCAAAUUAGUUCAUUUCUGAAUCAUUUAUCAAAUACAUCAGCCAUAACACAUGCUUAAUGUUAUUUUAAUGAAUCAGAUAGCUGCGAUUCCUUAUUUGAUCCUCUUAGCCAAAACAAAACUGUUAUUGUUACAAUUAUUGAUACAAAAAUAAAUAAUAAUGGUUAAAAAGAUUAUUUGAAAAUGCUGAUACCCACAAAUUUGAACAUAAAAAUAGUGGAUGAAUUGGAAAAUUCAAUUUAUGGCGAAAUUAUUUGUAUAAAUCAGAGAUGCACUCUGUACUUGUCUAGAAAAGUAAAUAAUGAAAAACUGGUACAUUAUAUUCGAAUAAUGGUUGAUUUUGAGAAUGAUUCAAGAAUUAUAAAAUUAGACCCAAAAGUUAUUAAUAUGUAAAAGGAUACAAAAAUAUUUGAUAAAUUUCAACUACAUUAUAAAGUUUAUUUAUCAAAGUAGUCAAGUUUAAGUAGCGGAGCAUAUAUAUUUAGACCUAAUGGGGAUGCCUCUGAUUAUGGUGAUUAUCUCUAAGCAUUAGAAUUUUCUGGUCAAAUAAUCAAAUAAAUAUAUUUUGAAAAAACUACGCUAAAAGUCUGGAUGACAAGAUUUGAAAAUCAAGAUAUAUUUUCUAUUGAUACAUUUUUAGAUUCCAUAGAUAUUUCUGAUUAAUUUGGAAAAGAAAUCAUAUUGUAAAUUCAAACUGACAUUUCAAAUGAUGGAAUAUUUUAUACUGAUAGCAAUGGAUUCAAAUUUUAAAAACGAAGAAUAAAUCACAGGGAUUCAUGGAACAUAAAAAUGAAAGAGUAAAUAGCUGGUAAUUAUUUUCCUGUCAAUGGUGCUAUUAUGAUCAUGAAUAGUGAUGGAAAUUCUGCUUGUGCAGUGCUGAAUGACAGAGCCUAAGGAGGAACAAGUUUAGCCUAAGGAGUUAUUGAAUUAAUGCUGUAGAGAAGAUUAGUACGGGAUGAUAACAAAGGGCUGUUUGAAGUUUUGGAUGAAUAAGAAAUACAUAAGGGUUAAAAGGUAGGCAUUAGAUAAAUGAUAUCACAUACAAUCAUUUUCUAUAAUCAUCAACAACAACCAAAUCUGUUAAGAGAAUAUCAAUAUAAAUAGGAUUUAUAACCUUUACUCUAUUUUUCAACUUAACCUUUUAUACAAUAUUCUGCUCUAUUGGAUUUAUUUUAAGGAUUUUUAAUCAAAUAAUCCGAUACAAAUUUGAGUAAAUUAUACAUUGAGCCUUGGUUAUAAAAAGAUUAAUAUUUAGUAAGAGUUCACAAUAUGAAGGAAGAGGGUAUUUAAAAACUAAAUUUCCCUUAAGGAUUAUCAUUCUUAGAAACAACUUUGACUGGUAAUUAGGAUUUAAAGAUGUGGAAGCUUAAUCGAUUAAGUAGAUGAUUUUUAUAAUUUAGAAUGGAGCGAUAGUUAUCCAAAAAAAUAAACAUAUUAAUAUAAGGAUGAUGAAGUUGGUCCAAUGAUGAUAAGAACGUGGAUUGUAACAAUUUGA